UGAAGGAUCCUCAACUCAAUAAGAUCAAAUGAAUAAAUGCCUUCCAAGAAACUGUGCUUGACCAUGAUAGGAACCUCUCACCAGAGUUCAGGUUUGCUGUUAAGAUCAGCAAACAGCAGUAGGUAGGUAUCAUUUUUUAAAAUCGGAUUUAGUGAUGCCCUGCACACGUAUUUUCCUUCUUUCCAUCUGUGCCAUGGAGAAAUUUGUGCAGCAACUAGAGUUAAAUGUGCAAUUUAAGGGGCAUUAUUUUCUUUCUCAGAAUCUAGUGAGCCCUGCCUAUCUUUAUCAUUAACAACUUUGCUGGCCAAAUGAUUAGAAGGGAGGUACCAAUCACAUGAAAAUUACAUCUCUCCCUUCUCUGUUUCACCAAACGUUUCCUUCACUUUCUGCAUAUUUCUUUUCUCAAGACCCAUAUAUAACUUUGAAUUCUUUCAAUACUAUCCAUCUUAAAAAUAUGGCUUCGACUCUGAUGGCCCUGGUUUUGACCUGUCUCACCUUUCAACUAGUCCUUACCAAUGCACAAACACCAGCAGCUGCACCCGCUACGGCUACAACGCCGCCGCCACCUACCACACCAAUUGCACCAGCUGCGCAACCACCGACUACUGUAACACCACCCCCAGUAACUGCAGCAGCAACCCCACCCACAACCCCGCCAACAACAUCACCACCCCCUAAAGUUGCACCAUCCACAAGCCCGACAGUCCCACCCCCAAAAACUCCACCAGCACAACCACCAAAGAUUUCACCUGUCUCAACUCCAUCUCAGCCACCAACACUGCCACCACCACUACCACCUCCACAAGUAGCACCACAGGUAUCCCCAACCCCAGCUCCUGUUAAGAAAUCGCCAGCGCCAGCACCAGUCAAGGCAGCACCAGUGCCCUCACCAUCACAAGCACCGCCAGUACCAGCGCCAACACCAGUUGUCGCAGAACCAGCUCCAGCCCCUGUGGAAGUGCCGUCACCUGCACCUGCUCCACAUAAACACAAGAAAAGGAAGCACAAGCACAGGAGGCAUCAUCAUGCACCAGCACCGGCGCCAACUGUCCAAAGUCCCCCAGCCCCACCUAUAGUGACAGAGACAGAGGAUACAACACCAGCACCAUCACCAACUUUGGAUUUGAGCGGAGGAAAUGCACAGCACCAGAAAGGAGCAAAGUCUGCUAUUUGGAUUACGACUGGAUUAGCUAUUGCUAUACUGCUGGCAAUGACAAGCUAGUAUCUUAGAUGAUGCACAAUGAAUUCAUUGGUGUUGCACGGAGACAAUUAUUUCAUAUGUGAAACUCAGAUGUAGGAAUGAAUAAUGCAAGAGAUGAACCAACAACAUUAGCAUUUUUUGUACUUGCCACAUGUUCAAUAUAUUGAGGGAGAUGAAUUUCGGGUUUCAACAACA